UGUUCAGCUGAAGGCGCAACAUCUUACAUACUGACUCUGCUAUUCAGAUUCAUCUUCAUUAUAUUUAAGCUGCAUGGGCCGUUAAAGACAUUUCCCCUCUGCCUCUCUGCGGGUGCUCACUCCCUCAGUGCCUCCCUCCUCAGACAGCUUCAACAUUUGUGAAGUGGCUGCCUCACCCGGUCGGACCAGAGACCGCCUGGUCUCUGAUCUGCUCUGCGGAGGCACCGGAGACUCGACGCGCUCCGUCGGCGCCAGACUGUGCGCCUCCCGGAUCAGACCCGAGCCGCUGCGCGCUCUCGCCAUGGAGAUGAUGGAGGGGGACGUUAUCGACAAGCUGGAGGACAUGGCAUCGGUGUACGACUUCGAUCCGAUCACCGGCAACAUCCCCGCCACCAAAGUAGAAAUCACCGUCUCCUGCAGAAACCUGCUGGAUAAAGACACAUUUUCCAAGUCAGAUCCAUUAUGUGUGCUCUAUACUCAAGGUGUGGAAACCAAACAGUGGAGAGAGUUUGGCAGAACGGAGACGAUCGACAACACUCUAAAUCCAGACUUUGUCAGAAAGUACAUCCUGGACUACUUUUUCGAGGAGAAGCAGAACCUUCGCUUUGACUUGUAUGACAUGGACUCCAAAAGUCCAGACCUUACCAAACACGACUUUUUGGGUCAACUGUUCUGUACUCUCGGGGAGAUUGUUGGAUCACCGGCCAGUCGACUGGAGAAACCACUGGGAGGGAUACAAGGGAAGAAAUGUGGCUCCAUCAUCCUGUCUGCAGAGGAGCUGAGCAAUUGUCGAGACAGCGGCACUAUGCAGUUCUGUGCCAACAAGCUGGACAAGAAGGACUUCUUUGGCAAGUCAGACCCCUUCAUGGUCUUUUACAGAAGCAACGAGGAUGGAACGUUUACGAUCUGCCAUAAGACAGAGGUGGUGAAGAACACAUUAAACCCAGUGUGGCAGCCUUUCACUAUCCCGGUACGAGCCCUCUGCAAUGGAGACUAUGACAGAACAAUCAAGGUGGAGGUGUAUGACUGGGAUCGGGAUGGCAGCCAUGACUUCAUCGGGGAUUAUACGACCAGCUACCGAGAGCUAGCUCGAGGGCAGAGCCAGUUCAAUGUGUACGAGGUAAUAAAUACCAAGAAGAAAAUGAAGAAAAAGAAAUAUGUCAACUCUGGAACAGUGACCCUGCUCUCGUUCUCUGUGGAGUCCGAGUUUACAUUCUUAGAUUACAUUAAAGGAGGGACACAGAUCAAUUUCACUGUGGCCAUCGAUUUCACAGCAUCUAAUGGUAACCCCUCUCAGUCGACAUCGCUGCAUUACAUGAACCCAUACCAGCUCAACGCCUACGCCAUGGCCCUGAAGGCUGUCGGUGAGAUCAUCCAGGACUACGACAGCGACAAGAUGUUCCCCGCUCUCGGAUUUGGAGCCAAACUGCCCCCUGAUGGACGGGUGUCCCACGAGUUCCCCCUGAACGGAAACAUGGAAAAUCCCUACUGCAAUGGUAUCGAAGGCAUCUUAGAGGCAUACCACCAGAGUUUAAAGACAGUGCAGCUCUACGGGCCCACUAACUUUGCUCCAGUGGUGAACCAUGUGGCCAGGUAUGCGGCAGCAGUGCAGGACGGCUCUCAGUACCAUGUGCUCCUCAUCAUCACAGACGGUGUAAUUUCCGACAUGGCCCAGACCAAAGAGGCCAUUGUGAAUGGUGCCAAGCUUCCAAUGUCCAUCAUCAUAGUUGGAGUGGGUCAAGCUGAGUUUGAUGCUAUGGUGGAGCUGGAUGGUGAUGACAUCAGGAUCUCGUCCAGAGGGAAACCGGCAGAAAGAGACAUUGUUCAGUUUGUUCCCUUCAGAGAUUAUAUGGACCGGACAGGUAACCACGUGUUGAGCAUGGCGCGGCUCGCCAAAGACGUGCUAGCAGAGAUCCCCGACCAGUUCAUCUCCUACAUGAAGAGCAGAGGGAUCAAACCCAACCCGGCACCGCCCCCGUACACACCACCUGGACACACACACCACCACACACAGAUAUAAAACACCGGCCCCUGGCUUCUCCCCAAGGACUGACAGCAUGCAGCAGCCACUCAGAGUCCAGUGGAAACUCUGUACCUACGGUUUUUUGGUGCAAAUAGGAGUCAACACUCCAGGAAAUUGGGUGUUGAGUUUUGUGCCGUAUCCUCAGAGUAAUUGAGCAGCAUUUUUUUAUUAAUUAUUUUUUCUGUGAUAUUUUUAUUUGGCUGGUUUCUCUUGAGGAGAGGCUGCAGUCUUUAGAGGACUCGUCGGUCAGAUACUUUCAUUCCGCACCGAGGCAGUGACUGUUUCACGUCUAAUUUGGCAGCGGGUUGGUUCAAAAAGGUCAUGUUGUGGUUAAAACUCGUGCCUGUCUGUGGUUGUUUCUCUAAGUAUAUCAGGACAUGUGAACUUUGACCUCAGCCCCGCUCGUCAGUCAGUUGUGUGCCUAAUACGGUGACAUUUCUAGGCACCUUUUCCCCCUCCUGUAAUUAGUUUUUAUAUUUGGGGGAUUAUCUCAGAGUCUGCUAAUGCCUCAGUAAUGUUGGAGGAAAAACAACAGGUGUGUAGUUUACAGCGUAUUGCAUUAAUCAGGCUUUUCAUACCAUGAUGUAUCUCCUCCUCCUCCCCUCCUCUUUAUUAAGUCAAUGUUUAUAAGAGCAUGUUGUAUGAGAAUUUUAUUCCCCAUAUCCAGUAUAUUUAUUCUCGAAUGUUAUUCAGAGUGGCAUGGACAUGUGAUAGAUCUGUUUUGAAUACCAUAAACUUUAUCAAUGUUGAAGCGGUCAGCAAUGAUCCUAAAGAUAUUGCAUAUACAAAGCACAAACUGUCUCACUAAGAAUUAUGAUGAUGCUAUACCAGGUUUAUCAUAUCUAAUCAUACUGAGUGCUGCUCGCCAUUGUCUCUGCAAGUCACAUAUCUUUGUGCUGCAGCUGCAUCUCAACGGGAAAUACAGUAUAAUCUGAAACAGGCAUGUUUAGGGUUCUGGUCCAGUACGGACGUUCCGAUCACAGAGGAUGUUGCACAGAGUGCUAUGUAAUGAAUAGACAACUUUAAGCUUUUGAACCUCUUAAUGUGUUAUGUAAUUCAUUUUGUAAUGUAUUGUGAUUACAAAAUGUAUUAGCACCUAAGCAAAAGACAUCAUACAAAAGGGAGCUAAUAAAAAGUUGCAGAAUAUGACAAAACCUUUAGUUGGUAUUACCCAAAGCUGGAUUAUCAGCCAGGAGAGGUAUCCAAGACGACCAGUGAUUCACUCUGGGCAUUACCUUGUUAGUCGAUAACCAAGUUGUCAUUGGUUGGUAAUAAACAUCACAUCGCACAGUAUAUACAGAAAUAAUAACUGUAUGUCAAAAUCUAGUUUUCUUACGUUUAUUUUUUCAGGAGAUAUUUUACAUCUCUGUUAAAUCAAAGUAUCACAAUUUAACUGACACAGGCCACCUCCAUACUACUUUUUGAACUAAAACGAUCUCUGGCCACGUGAAUGUUAUGGCUCCUUGUAAGUUUUGAUCCUGAAAACGCAUAUCACCUGACCAUUCAUAUACAUUAGUAUUGCACAGCUGGACCCAAGAGCCUUGCCAACAUGAGCCUUUUGGUCAUGUGAUAGGAGCCUGACGAAUCAGCAAAGGCUACGGAGUGACUAAUAAGACCCAAACAGGAAGCGGCUGUCAGUGUCUAUGUCACUGUUUCCGAACAUCUCUGUUUCUGCCUGUCCAGACAAAAACGGGACCAGCAGCGUUUCUAAACUCCAGGGCUUUAGCGACUCUAAAACUCUGGAGUAGUGUGGACACCCGGCGUAAACGUAGCAGAGUUGAUGCAUUUUCAAAUGAAAAGUAUGGAUGUAGCCACAGAGCUAACAUUGAAACAGGAUGGUAUUACAAUGUAGAGACACUGAAUGGUUUUAGGAGGUUGUUUAUAAUUGAGAUAGGCCUCACUACAUUUUUACCCCAUGGCUUAACAGUGAUUUAACUCGGCCUAGAUAUAAUGGAGCUAAAUCUAUGCCAUAACUGAACAAAGAAAAAAACAUGUUUCACAAAGUCCCCGCCAUUCACAUGCAAACCCCAAACUCAUCUGACAGACAAAUGCACUAAGUGUGUCUAUUAAACGAUGCCGCACAAACAGAAAGCCUUCCACAUUUCAUACAAGUACUAAAAAGAAAUCCAACACCACUCAGAAAAAAAUGUAAAAAAAAUUAUAACAAUAUUUAAUUUAAACUCAGAAACAUUGAAACCCAGCCACCUCCAUAUCACUGCCCUCAGCCGUCGUGCUUCAGCAACCACAUAAACUCUACUGUCGCUUCACAAGUAAAUCAGAACCAUUACAGCCAGGGAUCCUCCCCGGAGGCUUCAUUUAACGCACCACAAUAUUUUACAAGUCUCUGGUGGGAAACAAGUCCACAAGUUGUCUCCAGUGGUCCAGGAUUUACAUUCAUUACAUUCAGGCCGUGCAUAAUUCUUUCAUGUGUGGACACAUCAACAAUCUGUCGGGGUAAAGAAGGAGCCUUUUGUGCAGGACUUGGUCUGUGGUCUCCUUUAUUCUGUGAGGUCAGUUCCGUGUGAAGAAACAAGAACAAACUGGCUUCUACGUAGCAAAUAUACUUUUACGAUUCAAGAUGCAUCAACAAUCACUGUCAGUCCUGUGAUGUGUUCCCUUACAAACAUGUACCAAAAUCAUGCAAAUUGGUCUCAUCCUCUUGAGCAGUGAUCCCACAGGAUUUAAUGAGUAAGCAAGAUUAUAACAGCCACAAGGAAUCACUCAGAUAUGGUCUCACACUUUAUUUACUGUUUGUUUUGUUUGGCAUUGAUUCAACUGCUAUUGUACAUUGGCAGUAUUUCUACUUUAAAUUUUGAACUCAAGGCCCAGCUGUGUAGUAUUAUGAGGGGUCUAUCGGCAGCAAUGGAAGAUGACGUUCAUGUAUUGUUUCCAGUUGUGCUUUUUUAUACCUUUAAAUCUACAUCAGAUUGUCAUGCAACAUCUCCAUUAUUAUUUUUAAUGGCCCAGAACAGACAAAUCAAACAUUAGCUCAAAAGAGAAACAUUCAUAUUUUAUGUUACCUGAAAUCCACGAAAGGCUCUUCUGUACCCACUUGUUAAGGGAGGGUGAGGUGAGAUGAUGGUUCGUCAGUUGGUUGCAAUAUGGUACCCCACCACUGGACGGCACUAAAUCCUUAACACUGUGGUUUUAAUGGAGAGAUGGCACUUUUUUUGAAAAAUAGUGCAAAAGACAAAAAGCAGCCAUACACAGCCGAUUUGCAGUAAUUACUUCAAUUUUGCAUCGUCGUCGUGAGCAUGUUAGCAUGUUGAUGUUAGCUUUUAGCUCAAAUCAACUCUUUCACAUGAACUUUUUUUCUAAAUCCCACUUUGACUUUUUCCAUCUUUGCCGUUCUUCGACAGCAGCCAUCGUUCUCCUUACUAUUCCCGCUUCACUCUGUUUGGUUUACGAGGCGUAUCUUGUUCCCCUCACUCGUGUGGAGAGUAAACAAAUGCAAAAACAAUGCUGCAGUGAUGAUAAUGGACAGUAAAAGCUGAGGGAGGAGGCACGGGCGGAAAUAAUCUGCACUGAAAAGGUAGUAUUCAAUGUCUAAUGUAGCAAACGAAAGGCCUUAAUGACAUGAGAGUCAGUCGCUCCAUCUCAUUUAGUCCUGUAUUGAAAAGCAGCUCAGGUGGAGAAGCAUGGCUCUUAAGUGGAAGACGGACGAUUAGUUAAUAGGUUAAUGGUCAAAAUGGAAAAAGAAGCAAUUUGCUUGUAUUCGCUAGUGAAGAGUAGGAGAAUAAAGAAUUAACGGUGAAAAGAUAAGAGUGGAUUUCUGUUAGAAUGGUUUUACAUAUGUAGAUCCCAUCAGCACUUUAUCCUCGAGAGAUGUGCUUGUUGUACAGCCUAUCUUUGAUAUAUUUUUGGGAAUAUUAUUGUAUUGAAGAUAUCUAUUUAUUUAUUUUUGGAGUGUGUAUGAAAAAGCCAUCGCUCCUUCUGUCCACGGUUGCUUCGUCUCCUCCUUAAGCCCGGGUAUAUUCUGGCGCGAUGGAUCGGCUGCAUGUCGUGCGAUGAGAGUGUCGUCAUCUCUAAAAUAGGAACCAGCGCAACCAGAUAACAUGCAUGUCAGUGCCAAACAUGGCAGUGUAGGCUCUGUGGACUAUUUCUUCUCUCUUGUGCCUGGUUCUUCAAACAUUUCUUAUUUCACCAUGUGGUUCAAAAGCUGUAGCUAAUUAGCAUGUUGCAGUUAACACAUUUUUUUUCCUUCUUUGUUCUACAUUCAUUCUUUUCUUAGUCUAAUCCCCACUUUGUUGUUUCUGUCUCCUGAGUUUUUCUGAUUUGCAUGACUCCCUACUUUCCUCCAAAGGAUUUUUACUGUUCAUGAUUGUUGUCAUAUGGUGGGUUGUGAAAUGCUUUGUAUUGGAU